ACCGGAUGUUAGCAUAGAGGAAAGAUCUCACUUUAAACUUGAUGUCAACAAACAAAACAGCGUGAGUGCAUUACUUCUGGAUAAUAAAAUAUACACUUUCAAAGAUGCUGGUGAAGAAAGUUGUUCUCGCCUCCAGACCAGGGGCUAACAAUAAGCCAGUUCCUGCUAACUUCCGCCUGGAAGAGACAAACCUCGCACUUGAUCUGCAAGAGGAGGAAGUCCUAGUGAGGACGCUUUAUCUCUCAGUGGACCCCUAUAUGAGAUGCAGGAUGAACGAAGACACCGGCGCUGAGUACCUGACUCCAUGGCAGCUGUGCCAGUGUGCAGACGGCGGAGGUGUGGGCGUGGUGGAGUCCAGCCCAGACGGUGGAGGUGUGGGCGUGGUGGAGUCCAGCCCAGACGGUGGAGGUGUGGGCGUGGUGGAGUCCAGCCCAGACGGUGGAGGUGUGGGCGUGGUGGAGUCCAGCCCAGACGGUGGAGGUGUGGGCGUGGUGGAGUCCAGCCCAGACGGUGGAGGUGUGGGCGUGGUGGAGUCCAGCCGACACGACGCUUUCUGCCGGGGAGACGUGGUCACAUCCUUCAACUGGCCCUGGCAGAGCCAUGCUGCUGUGACAGGAAGUCUCCUACACAAGGUGGAUCCAUCGUUAGUGGACGGCCAUCUUUCCUACUUUUUGGGUGCGGUGGGCAUGACGGGCUUGACCGCGCUGCUGGGCAUGAGAGAGAAGGGUCAUGUGACCCAAGGUGCCAAUCAAACACUGGUGGUCAGCGGAGCAGCGGGAGCUUGCGGCUCGAUAGCGGGGCAGGCGUCCUACGUCCAGAUCGGCCGCCUAGACGGGUGCAGCAGGGUGGUCGGGAUAUGCGGCUCUGAGGAAAAGUGCAAAACCCUCGUGGAAGUGUUAGCCUUUACCGGUGCCAUCAACUACCGGCGACAAGACGUGGCCGCCGCUCUGCGAGAUCGCUGCCCCGAUGGCGUCGACGUUUACUUUGACAACGUGGGAGGAAGCAUCAGCGACGCCGUCAUUGCUCAGAUGAACGACGGCGGCCACGUGGUCCUGUGCGGGCAGAUCUCGCAGUACAACAAGGACGUCCCCUACCCGCCGCCCCUGAGCCAGGAGACGCAGGACAACCUGUCCAGAAAGAAGAUCCUCAGAGAGAGAUUCAUGGUGCUCAACUACAUGAACAAAGCUGAGGCGGCCCUGGCCGAGCUGGGCCGCUUGGUCACCACCGGACAAGUCAAGGUGCUGGAAACCAUGGAGUAUGGCAUUGAAAAUAUGGGAGUUGCAUUCUGCUCAAUGAUGGAAGGAGGAAACCUGGGCAAGCAGAUAAUUAAAAUAAGCGAUUAACGACACUCCGCAACAAUAUAUUGUAUAGAACAUUUUUAUUCCACAGCACUAUAAACCAUGAAAUGAAAAAAAUAACAAAAAACAAAUCUGUGGUUGCUCCCUUUUUCAGUAGUAAACACCAUCAGUGAUGUGUGUGGACAUAUUUAAAGAGUGGACAGUGUUCAUCAUUGACCAGUAGUGCUCAGUACUGCCCCCCUGUGGCGUGAUCAAGCAUCAUUAGGGAGGCUGUGCAGAAGAAUGCUGAGGCAGUCACUUGACAAUGUGUGAGUGUGAAUGUUGUCUAUCUGUGUCGGACACUUGUCCAGGGUGUAUCCCGCCUUCCGCCCGAAUUUAGCUGGGACAAGCCGUAGAAAAUGGAUGGACAGUCACUGAACAAUGUUGGCCUUACAAACAUUCUAACGGGAAUGCAAGCAAAAAUGAUUGGAGUCUUAAGAUCAGGGGUGUCCAAAGUGCGGCCCGGGGGACAUUUUUCUAACGGCCCCACGGCACAUUUUAAGAAUGAAAUUGAAAAAAAUUAAAACCAUAAAAAGUGGUAUAAAAGAGUAAACGUGUGAAAUGUAACAAGAAAUUGUUGCAAUGUUGACUCUUAUAACACAAAGUUUGGGUUUCUUUCUUUAGCAUAGCUCGGUUGGUAGAGUGGCCGUGCCAGCAACUUGAGGGUUGCAGGUUCGAUUCCCCUUCCGCCAUCCUUGAGAAAAGUGCUAUGUAAAUAUAAUUCACUUCACUUUGUUGUUGUUGCAGCGGUGUAGCGUGCAAGGACGGGAGUGGAAGAA